GUGUGUGUGAGAAAGUGUUUGAAUGAGUGUGUGUGCUCCAAGCAGCUGGCAGAGUUGACACUCGUCUGUUCCUCUGGUUUGGAAUAAAUGAACAUUAUUGCAGUCCGGAUAUUUACUUGAACCAGGUGAGUGAAGCGAUGCCCUGUGUACAAACCCAGUAUGGAUCCCUGCCCCAUGACAAUUACUUCAGCUCUGAGUUCUUGAAUCCUGACUUCAGUGCUAAACUGGUGAUGGACAUCAGUGGCCAAAAGGACCAGCUGUCUACGUCCUCGCUGCCCAGCAUCAAUACCUUGGUGGGAAAUGGUUACUUGGGGGAGUUUGAUGCCUAUUCCUGCAAGAUUACCACCUCUCCUCCCGCAUCUACGGUUUCAUUUGGCCACACCAUGGUCGCUGAAAGCUCCUGCCCUCAGAUGCCGAACCAAGGCUUUAAGCUGGAUGAUCUCCAGGUCUAUGGUUGUUACCCAGGAUCCUUUGCACUCAGCUGCCUUGAUGAAACGCUAUCAUCAUGCGGUUCUGACUACUAUGGCAGCCCAGUUUAUACCACUGCUUCCCCUCCAACGCCAGGCUUUCAGACGGAGUCUGCACCUGUCUGGGAUUCCCCUUUCAGCCCGUACCCCACUGCGGCCCCGUCGUCUGCGGCCGACAAGGCUGCCAUGGCCCAGCAGCUCUCGUUUUUUACCUUCAGUCCCACGCAGGAGCAACACUCCCCUUUGGGGCAGCAUCAGGAGCCCCAGCCCAGCCAGGAAGACCCCUUCUUUCUGCCUCCUCAGCAGCACAUCUCCCCGCUUCAUUGCCCCCCCAUGACUUUGGAGCAUGGACAUCUGGAAAGCCCCAGGGCAGCAGAAGGGUCCAUGAUGUCUCCUAAAAACCCAAAUGCAGGAUCCAGUGAAGGCCGCUGUGCAGUUUGUGGUGACAAUGCAUCCUGCCAGCACUACGGCGUCCGUACAUGUGAGGGAUGCAAAGGGUUUUUUAAGCGAACUGUCCAGAAAAAUGCAAAGUACGUGUGCCUUGCCAACAAGGACUGUCCUGUGGAUAAGAGGAGGAGAAACCGCUGCCAGUUCUGCCGUUUCCAGAAAUGUCUUGCGGUUGGAAUGGUCAAAGAAGUUGUUCGCACUGACAGCCUGAAAGGUCGCAGAGGUCGCCUGCCCUCCAAGCCCAAAGCUACGAUCGAGGCUUCGUCCACAACUCCAAGUGUCAACAUCAUAGCUUCUCUGGUCAGGGGUCAGCUGGACUCCAACCCGACCAUCGCAAAGCUCGACUACUCCAAGUAUCAGGAGACGAUGGACAACUUGAAAGAGAAGGAGGACGCCGGAGACAUCCAGCAGUUCUACGACCUGCUUACCGGUACCUUGGACGUGAUCAGAAACUGGGCUCAAACCAUCCCUGGAUUCAGCGAUUUCUGCACAGAGGACCAGGAGCUGCUUCUGGAGUCCGCCUUUGUGGAGCUCUUCAUUCUCCGCCUAGCGUACAGGUCGAAUCCAGAGAAGAACAAGCUGAUUUUCUGUAACGGCGUGGUUCUCCAUCGACUGCAGUGCGUUCGCAGUUUUGGUGGCUGGAUUGACUCCAUCAUGAAUUUCUCCCAAAGCCUCCACCGCAUGAAUCUCGACAUUUCAUUGUUCUCCUGUCUUGCAGCACUGGUCAUCAUCACAGAUCGUCACGGCCUGAAGGAGCCCAAACGGGUCGAGGACUUUCAAACUCACGUCAUCACCUGCUUAAGGGAACAUGUGAGUGGAAAUGGAUCAGAAGCGAGCCGGACGCAGCCCAACUAUCUUUCUCGUCUCCUGGGCAAACUCCCUGAACUGAGGACUCUCUGCACGCAAGGCCUGCAGCGCAUCUUCUACCUGAAACUGGAGGACCUGGUCCCCCCUCCACCGAUAGUGGAGAAAAUCUUCAUGGAUACAUUGCCGUUCUGAAACAAGACAAACUCCUAAUGUGGCGUUUGUUAAAAUGACAGACACAGGAGGAGGAAAGCACCCAGUGUGGAGUUUUGAACUCAUGAAACUCCUUCGAGCAUGCUGAUUAGUGUGCUUGCGUGUGUCUGCCAUUCAAGAGACCAUUAUUUUUGUAAGAAGCUUUAGAUUUGAUUAUGGUGUUCACGAGUUCUAUAAAAGAUCAAUUUUAGAUCUUAAAGUAACAACAUUUCAGGACACUGUUUAUAUGUGUUUGUGUGCAUUUUUAAAAAAGACUUUAUUGCAGUGCUACUUCUGUGGAUGUUGUCGUGCUCUGCAGCUUAUAAGACAUGGAUAUAUGGGCAGAUGCAAUGCAGUGCUAAAUACUGAGAAAGACACUAUUUUUUUUUUUUUUUCAUUUAGAUAUCUAAACUGCUUUGUGGCCCCACUCAGAAGCUGAGAUUUUAGACUGUUUAGUGAAAGCAUCAGGCAAAUCGCGCGUCCAGUUUGUUGAAAGAAAUAACUGUGGAGUCCGCUGUUUCAAUAGGGAAAUAGUUACUGAGAUCUUUCUAUGGCAAAAUAGAUUUGUAGUCCUAAAUGUGCUCCUGCGAAAGGUCUUGGACCAAAGUUUACCAAAGUUUUUGAUACUUCCAGGUAAAAACCUUAAUGCCUUAAGCUAAAGAAAGUGUUCUGCCGUCACUCUUGUCCUGCCUUUUUGCUGGAACUGGACUCCUUUUGGACAGCUGUGCUUCUUACAUGCUUCUUGGGCUGUAAAGAAUAGAAGAGCUCAAUAACAGUGCCUUUCAUAAAGCCCGAGCUUCAGAGAGCUGCAAAAAGUAACACUACGCAAAUUUCCAUUCCAAGCAUCACAUACAGCGAGGCCCUUAUAUCACCAACAUACAUAUAGAAAUAUAAUUCACCCCCAUCAGAAUUUAAUUCAUAUUGAUUUCAUUUAGAACAAUUUAUGUCAGAGGCACAUUUUGAUUUUACAUUUCUGAAGUUUAUGGGUGCUGAUACAGUUUGAUAAAACAAAAGUGUUUGGUACUUUACUCUUAAGGUUUAAAAACUGGAAGGUCUUGACAUUUUAUUCAGUAUGUGAAAGAGGAAAAUCCUGUUCACAUCCUUCUGAGGCUGUUUAAGUUACAACUACUUUAGUAGUGCUGAUCCAGCCCCAGAUCAAAUUGAACUGAACUCUCAGACACAGCAUUUCCGUUAAUGGUCCAUACAAAAGUCAAAUGCAUAGUCGGAUAUUCAUCCAUCCAUCACAGGACGAACAGACAAACCACCACACACACGCUCAUUUUCACACCCAAGGGAAAUUUAGGCUCUCCAAUUAUUCUCACAUGCAUGUUUUUUGAACUGUGAGAGGAAACCGGAGUACGUGGAAGAAACCGAGGCACACACGAGGAGAACACGCACAGAACAGCCGCGGCCGUAUUUUAACCUGGCCAGAGUGCCUUUAGUCAGAUAUUUAUCCCUUCAAAUCAGCUGGGUUUGUCUUUUGGCUGCAGAUUUCUUUUGAACCUAUUUGUAAGACUGUCCAUCUGUCUUCCACAUUUGUUUUCUGAUUUGUGCAUUUUUUUUACUUGUUUUUUUUUAAUGACUAUUAAUUCUAUGAGAGCUAAGGAUAUUUUCUUAAGUGAUUACAGCAAGGUGAUCACUAGACGAGCAGCUACGAGCACUUCUAACAGUGUUCAAACGGUACGAAGAAUUCUCAUUUUUUUCCUACUGUAUGUGUUUUGUUUUGGACAUGUGUGCACAUUUAAAAUACUGUCAGGCCUUUUGUAUAAUGGUGCAAAGUAUUGAAAGGCAGCAAAUACUUGACA